AGUUAAACUCAGGAAUGCACAGCAUGAUUCCAAAGUAAUAUUCAUCAGUGCAAAGUUUGGGGAAGGUUGACAUUGCGUAGCACACUGGAUCUCUUGAGCGCCCAGGCUCCACCCAUAUACAUCUUAAUUCCCAUCCAGACCGCAGAAGGCGUGUGGAAAAGAAGCAUUCACGUGGAGCCAGGGCUGGACUGGUAAUCUGGCAUACAAGGCAUACUCCUGGUGGGCCAGCAGCCUUUGGGGGCCUAUGCCUUUUUAUCCUUAGAGACUGGACCGCAAUGUUGAUGGGGCAGCUCAUUGGUCCAUCUUUAACAUAUGCCAUGGACUGAGCCAAUCAAAAUAUAGUAGGGGGGCUGUGUGAGGGGAGGGUCUAUGCCAACAAUGCCUGGGCUAUGUUUAGAAGCCAGUCCAGCCAUGUGUGGAGCUUUAAUGGGAAUUCCUUCCCUUUGCAGUGAUUUCAUCUAACAAGGAUGUGCUGUCUCAUUUUACCUACCCAUUCACUCAGAACUUCAAAAUCCUUUUUUCCCCCCGACAAAAAACUGCUGUGUUUUUACCACAGACAUAACGUCACAAGUCUGACUAACAGGGUGGUUAAAAAAAGGAAAAUACUAAUAAGACUGGCUGCACGACCAAGCGAAUGCCUCUCUCUGACAGCUGUGAGACGAAAAAGUGCAGUGUUAACACAAAGGUUGGAAGUGGGAGGUGGGAGUGAAAACAAAGACAUUUCCUGUUGUUGGUAAGGCCCACUCGGGACAAAACUGGUGGAGAGAGAGGAGUGGAAGAGCAAAGAGAGAGGGAAGAGGGAAGAGGGCUGGCCAGGAGAAAACCAAUAAGGAUAGUCUGAGGAUACAACCCCCUACGAGACUGGAGGAAAAUGGAAAUAACAGCCUGCCUUACAGUGGCCUUAUUGUGCUUGUCUACGCUCUCCACUGCUCACGCUGAAAGCCAAGGAUCUGACCAGGGCAGCCGGCAUGAGGAGGAAAACGGCAACUCUACAUCCAUACAGAACAUGAUGAGGGAUGAGGAGAGGACAGAGAGAGGGGACGGGAUGCCGAUUGAGCCAGAGCCUACUUCACCGGUGACGGAUGCGGACAGCACCUACAACUAUGUCUUGUCCAGGCUUGCUGCCAUGGAUCAGGCUAUCCACCGGCUCAACGUGGGCCACUACACCCUGGACGUCAAGGUGAACCAGCUGCUGGAGCGCAUCACCCGGCUGGACACCAAGCUGUCCGAGGUGGACGACAGUCUGCAGCAGGUGGCCCAAUUCAGCAAGGAGAACCGCAAGGAGAUCGGACGCCUGGAAGGUUGCCAGAAGGGGCGCAGCGUUGGCUACAAGUGCUUCCUGGUGUACCGCGCACACGAGACGUACGACGGUGCGGCCCAGAAGUGCCUGGAGCGCGGCGGGCGACUAGCGAUGCCGCGCGACCGUAGGGAGCAGGAGGCGCUGGCCGAGUACGUGCACGCCGUCUUCAAGCCUGGGAACUGGCCCUUGUGGCUGGGCGUCAACGAUCUGCGCUCCGAGGGCAUGUACCUCUACGAGGACACCACCCGCGUCACCUACUUCCAGUGGCGCAAGCACUUCCUCUCCAGCCAGCCGGACGGAGGGAAGCGCGAGAACUGCGUGUCCAUGUCGUCGGACGACGGUGACUGGUGGGAUAGCUACUGCGACAGGCGCAUGUAUUACCUCUGUGAGUUUGAGGCUUGACUGACUUGACUUCGGUCCGCCGCAGGUGGUGUUUAGAAUGCGCGCACAUCCAAUCAAACAGGUGCCGGAUCAAAAAUGAACCUAAAAAACAGAGGAACAAUCCACACACUGUGGCUGAUCGCUGAUUUAUUGUGCACAACGACCUCACACGGUCUUCAUCCGGUGUGUGCAAUAAAUCAGUGAGCAGCAAAAGAGUGCAGUUUUUUCCUCUUUUCUCGACUUCCGCCGUACACAUUUCUAAUCAACCGAUAGGAAUGUUUUUUUUAAACGCUGUAGGACUCGGUACUCGACAGCAAGAUGUAGCCUUUGUUUAACAACUAAUUUGCCAAUGAGUAGCUUUAAAUAAAAGACAUUAUUUUCAAAGUAGCAAGCUCUGAGCAAAAUGUCACAGAGUUUUUUUCAAAAAUCAUAUUUAUUAUGAGUUAUGCACAGAAAAAAGGCAUGUUAGAGUGGAAUUAAUGAUUCAGUCUUUUAAACAUUAUCUUUGCAGAAGCAGAAUGAUUGUAUGUCUACGUUUUUUAUAUUUAAGUUAAUAUGAUAGCAAAAUGGAUUAUAUCAGAUUAUGUAUGAUGACUUGACAAAGAAACAUGGAGCUGUUGAGUGAGAUUGCAAAAUCACAAUAAAGAUUUUUGAUAAGUUUUAAAAAGCAUUUCAAGUAUCUGUGUAAACUAUAAUUUGCAACAUUGAUUCACAGUUCUGGCCUCAGUUAAAACAUAGUUAAUGUAGUUUAGCGUGAAUUUAGCGUAAUUCAGCGUGCAUUAAUGGUACAGUAUUAGUAGUAGAACAGAAAUAAAUGUGCCAAAAAUCAUGUUGAUGUACGAUGUCAGGUAUGGUGUCUAAGAGAGGACACGUCUGAUCCACCUUGUUUACUCACA